AAUCGAAGCAUUAUCAUUUUUGCUGUGGACGAAGAGCUCACGUAGCAGCAUGGGCAGCACGGAGCAUGAGCUGCGGCUCAAGUUCCUGUUCGCCAAUCAGGAUGGUGUGCGCGUAGAGCUGAGCUUCCCAAAGGAAGCGACAGUGGCCGAGGCCAAGUCGCAGCUCAUGCGUAGCUGGCCACAAAAUGUGCCUGUCGCUGAGGACGCGAAAUCUGUCCGUCUAAUCUGCAUGGGGCGCGGCAUUUUGCAGGACACACACACUCUGGGGUCCGCAGUGCCAGCCUUCGACACACAUCCGACGCCUGUGAACGUCUCAGUCUUCCACAAGUCACAGCAGGCAGUGCGAGGUACGCAAUUGUGCGGAAACUUCAACGCUGGAUAAGGAUGUUGAUACUCUGUUGCUCUGUAGAGCCCACACGUGGCCACGCCACUGCCAAGACGGUGGAGUCAGCGGGCUGCGGCUGCGUCAUCUGCUAGAUACCAAUGUACACAACUAUACGAACAGAUAUCGCUCUAUCCUGACUCCUGUUGCACUCUAAGUUAUUUGAAAUAACUAACCCGAAGAUCUUUUUUUCCC